AUGGGCAAGCUAUACAAGACCGGCUACACCAUCUGCAUGAAACAAGGCAACCGACCGGGCGCCGAAAGAAACAUGCGCUGCAUCGACGAGGAACUCGUGCCUUGCGCCGAUAGCCACGGAGCACCGUGUGCCGAGCCCAAGAUCUUGCACACGUGGCUAUACUAUAAGUGUGCUGAGCACGGGGAGCCGAGUGACGAGGAGAGGAGGGCGAUGGUGAAGAAGAAGAAGAAGGAUGGGGGGACGCAUGUUGAGGUGAGGGAGAUGAAGAUGGGGGGGGGAAGAGUGAUUGGCAUGGAGCUGUGUGUGUGGUUUUGUAGUGGGGAUCUGGGUGAAGAGGAGGAGGAGGAGGUGGUGGUGGUGGUGGUGGAGUUCGUGCAAAGGGCAUGGGCGGGCUUCGCAGUGUCCGGUGGCCAAGCGCUCCGUGAGCCAUCAUCGCACCGAGAUGCUGAAAGUAGGGUCGUCGGCGAGACCAAGGCAUUGGCCAGUGUGCAAUCGGGAGACACACACACACACACACACACUGCGUGCUAUGCUAUACCGGUACGUGCUAGGGCAGGUGAAGGACUGAAGACGAUCGAAACUAACUCUCAAGGUAGACACAAACUCAGGUACGAGGACGGCCAGAUUGCGCAAACAACGACGGGCGGCCAGGGCAACCGCGAUAGUCCCGCUCGUCGGUCUGCAGGUACACGCCCGUCACCACUAUGGACGGCGUACCAGACAUGGGCUGUCAAAUGCCAACGGUGA